UGCGUUUGUAUCUCGUCAUUCAUAUAUUGAUACUGGGACGAACAACACCUAAGCGUUUGAUAACAAAAAACAUGUUUAAAUUUAUUAGAGAUGGCGGUGUCCGAUGUAAAACAUCCAAGUAUUGGAAAAAUAUAAAAUGCAACAGGUCGGUGACUACAAAAUCAGAAGUCGUGGCGUCAGCUGAUGUUGUUGUUAUUGGUGGUGGUAUAGCAGGGUGCAAUACAUUAUACCAGCUUACGAAGAGAGGUGUGAAUGCAGUGUUACUGGAGAGAUCGAAACUCACUAGUGGCACUACGUGGCAUACUGCCGGUCUGGUAUGGUCGUUAAGGCCUUGCGACUUGGAGGUUCGUCUAUUACGCGACUCAAGGAACGUUUACAACAAUUUAGCGAAUGAGGUUGAGGACUACGCCGGGUGGAUCAACAAUGGCGGAAUGUUCAUUUCGCGAAGUAAGGUUCGCACUCAAGAAUAUAUGAGACUACACACUCUAGGAAAUGCUAUGGGUAUAUCUAGUCAAAUUUUAGACCCCAAUGAUGCUCAGAAAAUAGUUCCUAUUUUAGACCCUUCCGUAUUUCAAAUGGCUUUGUACGUCUCCGAAGAUGGAACUAUAGACCCAGCAAUGGCAUGCAGUGCACUCAUCAAAGUUGCAACGCAAAAUGGCGCCAAGGUAUAUGAGGACUGUCCUGUCAUAGAUAUUCAUUACACUCACAACUUGCUUGGAAACAAAGAAGUGACUGGAGUUCACACCGACAAAGGAUUUAUCAAAACCAAAUGUGUUGUUAAUUGUGGAGGUGCGUGGGGCCCCAGAGUGGCCAGGUUCGCUGGGAUACCAUCGCUGCCUCUCGUGCCAUUCAAGCAUUCAUAUGUAGUCUGUGACGCGAUCCCAGAGAUACGCGGUUGUCCCAACAUCAGAGAUCAUGACGUUAAUUUAUACUUGAAAAUGCAAGGCGAAACUGUCAGUAUUGGAGGAUACGAAGGCAACCCGCAUAUGUUGGACCAGGUUCCCAAUAAUUUGCAAUUUCACCUAUACGAAUUAGAUUGGGAUGUAUUCGGGGUGCACAUGACUAGCGCUACCACCCUGUGCCCUAAGCUGGGUAAGAUUGGUAUAAAGAGUACGGUAUGCGGACCGGAAUCCUUCACGCCUGAUCACAAACCGCUUUUGGGAGAGGACCCUAAUGUAUUUGGUCUAUAUCAUAACUGCGGUUAUAACUCGGCUGGUAUGAUGUUCUCUGCUGGCUGCGGAAUUCAAAUGGCUGAAUGGGUCAUCUCCGGAAGACCACAAUACAACAUGUUCACAUUUGACAUCCGACGAUUCACCCCCGGCCAGAUUUCGCGCGCCCAUUGGUGCCGUGAGAGUAGCCAUGAGGCUUAUGUGCGGAAUUAUAGUAUUGUGUUCCCACACGACGAGCGUUUAGCCGGCAGGGACUCUAGCCAUGACGCCCUACAUCAGGAAUUGGUCGAUGAUGGCGCGGUCAUGCAGACAAGGGCCGGGUGGGAGAGACCAGGGUUCUUCAUGCCGGGAGAGAAGAUAAGAGUUCAGCAGUACGACUGGGGCGGCACCCAUGACUAUCCCAGGAAUGUAGAUCAGCGUUACGAAGAAGUUCUCAAAGGAGAUUACUCUUUUGGUUUUUCAGAACACCACAACCUUAUAGGAAAAGAAGCCUUAAGCUGCAGGAACGCGGCUGCUCUCUUCAAUAUGUCGUACUAUGGCAAGUUUUAUUUGACCGGUCCUGAUGCAGAGCGCACCGCUAAUUUGGCUUUUACUGCUGACCUUUCUAAAGAUUAUGAAAGAGUGGUGUAUUCUUUGUUGUUGAAUGAGAAGGGAGGCGUUGAAGCGGAUGUAACUGUUAGUAUUUUGGAUGGAGGAAGCGGACAGUUACAUGAACCGAUUUUUAAGGGUCGCGGUUACUAUGUUGUCACGAGUGGUUUCAACGCCAACCACACGCUGGCACAUUUGCGACGCAUCAUACAGAUCCACAAGCUGCGGGCGACCAUCACUGACGUUUCCAAACAACUCUGUAUAUUGAGUCUACAAGGACCUGACAGUCAACGCAUUCUGCAACGAUACACCGAUUCGGGCCUUUCAAACGACGCUUUCCCCGUACAUACGCACCGCAGCAUCCAGUUCUCUAAAUCACCAUGCAGCGCAGAGUAUAAAGCCUACACAUGCAGAGCGCUGCGCGUGGGCUGGUCAGGCGAGUUGGGCUGGGAGCUACAUAUACCGUCAUCACAUGCAAUACAAAUUUACAAAGCCCUCAGAAAUGUUAAAGGUUUACAGAAUGCUGGUUGGAGGGCGUUGACUUCACUUAGUGCUGAGAAAGGGUAUCAUUUAUGGAAUGCUGAUCUGAGGACAGAUGAUAACCCUAUAGAAGCCAACUUAGGUUUUACGUGUCGUAAAGAUGGCGAAUACAUCGGUAAUGAACAAGUUACUAAAGCGAAGAAUAAUGGAGUUACCAAGAAAUAUACAUAUUUUACACUUGAUGACAAGGUUGCUCUAUUUGGUCAAGAAGCUGUAUUUAGAAAUGGCGUGCCAGUUGGUUACCUAAGAAGAGGAGAAUAUGCGUAUUACCUUGACAAAUCUAUUGGUAUCGCAUAUGUAACCAAUAAAGGAUCAGAGGUUACAGAAAACUACUUAACGGACGGAAACUACGAAAUAGAAGUCUUGGGAAAGAGAUAUAAGGCUAAGCUUCAUCUGAGGUCACCAUUUGAUCCUACAGGCCAGAGGAUACUUGGAAAAUAUGGGGAGCAAGGAAUGGAUGAGAAUAUAUACGAACCACACGCCGGACAAAAUGAAAGAGCCGGUGGUAGUGAAUAAUUAGCAGUUGUUAUCUCAUUAAAUACGUAAUUUAUAAUAA